AGAAGACAGCCUCCAACGCAAUAUAUCGACGAUGGUCGGCUCCAGUGUGCAGGACGUGUGCAUGCCCCCAAGCUGGCGCUCACACUCCGAGGGGGCCACCAAGGCCGCACAGACGCUGCAGUCGCAGCCCGCCUCACUGCCGGACAGGACCAUCACAUUCGCGCGCUGCUCGGCGUUCUACGUGCGGACGUCGGACGGCAUCGUCUUCCAGGACGAGGAGUUUCAGCGCCAGACGAUCGCCAAGGCCGAGCGUCUCAUUGAGACCGCGCUCAGCCCCGAGAGCUCGGAGCGCAACGCGCUCAUCGCCAAGACGGCGCUCAAGUACCGCGAGAUGCGCUCGCGGCGACCGAACGGCGCGGCCAACGACCUGCGGAUCCCCGAGCUGGCCUCCCGCGCGCAGAGCUGCCCCGUCCCGAUAGACCGAACCUAGAGACCCAACUUACACACGUCCAUGGUCUCACCUCCCUCCGCCCCCCCCUUAUAAACCUUAGACUGGAAGUAAAGUAUUUUAAGUAAAGAAGCUGCAUGUUGAUGA